UUAUUUGGCAAUCCAUACUUUACCGCAAACUUUAAACCGAUCAAUUCGAAAAAGAUUGAACGACAACUUGAUCGCGCCGCUAUCGCCUUUUUAAAUUAAUUUCUAGUUUUGGUUGGUCUUUACAGUGGCGCUGUGCUGGAAUCCAUGCUGCCGAUGUCCCGUUCUGACCAGCAUUGCUGAAGUGUCGAGGGUCAUAAGCAUGCCUCUGACCAAUAAGUCCAAGAGCACUGGGAGCGGUUCUGCCCAGCCGUCCAGCACGGGUGUGCUUGACGACGCCAAGCAGCAGCAGGAGGCCGAGCCCAGAGACCAGGGAGCCUCCGGGGAUAACGGCGGUGGAGGCGAAGACAACAGGGGCGACCCCGACAUCGUCAAAUCGCCGAGUGACCCCAAGCAGUACAGGUACAUACAGCUGGACAACGGGCUGAAAGCUCUCCUCAUCUCAGAUCUAACCAGUGUGGAUGGGAAGGCAUCCCAAUCAGAAGACGAAGAUUCGGAGGAAGAGGAGAGUGAGGGUGAGGAGGAGGAGGAGGAAGAGGAAGAUGACUCUGGGGAGGGAACCGAGGAAGAGUCAGAACACGAUGAGGAUGAGAAGGACAGCGAUUUCGAGGAGCUGGUGGAGGAAUGUGACGUGAAAAAGAAAAAAUGCACCUCAGAAAAACAGUCUGCAGCUGCCCUCUGUAUUGGAGUGGGAAGUUUUAGUGAUCCAGAUGAUCUUCCUGGGCUGGCCCAUUUUCUGGAACACAUGGUGUUCAUGGGUAGCGAGAAGUACCCAGCUGAGAACGGGUUCGACGCCUUUCUAAAGAAGCAUGGCGGCAGCGACAACGCUUCUACCGACUGCGAGAGAACCAUCUUCCAGUUCGACGUGCAGAGGAAGCAUUUCAGAGAGGCUCUGGACAGGUGGGCUCAGUUCUUCAUCUGCCCAUUGAUGAUCAAGGAUGCCAUCGACAGAGAGGUGGAGGCAGUGGACAGUGAGUAUCAGCUCGCCAGGCCCUCUGACUCCCAUCGGAAGGAAAUGCUUUUCGGAAGCCUGGCCAAGCCAAACCAUCCAAUGGGCAAAUUCUGCUGGGGGAAUGCUCAGACUCUGAAGCAUGAGCCCCGAGAGAAGAACAUUGACACCUACGCGCGACUGAAGGAGUUCUGGCAGCGACACUACUCUGCCCACUACAUGACCCUGGCAGUGCAGUCUAAAGAGACCCUGGACACUUUGGAGGCCUGGGUGAGAGAGAUCUUCAGCUGUGUUCCUAACAAUGGCUUGCCUAAGCCAGACUUCUCUCACCUCCUAGACCCGUUUGAGACUGUUGCCUUCAACAAACUCUACAGAGUGGUGCCUGUGAGGAAGGUCCACGCUCUCACGCUCACCUGGGCUCUGCCUCCGCAGGAGAAGCACUACAGGGUGAAGCCUCUGCAUUACAUUUCCUGGCUGAUUGGCCAUGAAGGUACUGGCAGCAUCCUGUCCCUGCUCAGGAAAAAGUGUUGGGCUCUUGCUCUGUUUGGGGGGAACAGUGAGUCUGGCUUCGAUCAGAACACCACAUACUCCAUCUUCAGUAUCUCUAUUACACUGACGGAUGAGGGCUAUCAGAACUUCUACCAGGUUGCUCACUUAGUAUUCCAAUAUCUGAAAAUGCUUCAAACUAUGGGCUCUCAACAGAGAAUAUAUGAAGAAAUUCAGAAGAUUGAGGACAAUGAGUUUCAUUAUCAGGAGCAGACAGAUCCAAUUGACUAUGUGGAGAGCGUCUGUGAGAACAUGCAGCUCUUCCCAAAGGAAGAUUUCCUCACUGGGGACCAGCUGAUGUUUGAGUACAAGCCUGAGAUCAUAUCUGCUGCCCUCAAUCUCCUUACACCACAGAAGGCCAACCUUCUUUUACUGUCUCCUGACAACGAGGGGCGCUGUGAGCUAAAGGAGAAGUGGUUUGGAACCCAGUACAGUGUGGAAGAAAUUGACAAGGAAUGGAGCAAGAGCUGGUCUGCGGACUUUGAGCUGAACCCAGACUUACACCUCCCCGCAGAAAACAUGUUUAUCGCCACGGAUUUCACUCUAAAAGCCUCAGACUGCCCUGACACAGAAUAUCCCAUCAGAAUCCUCAACAAUGAGAAGGGCUGCUUGUGGUUCAAGAAGGACAACAAGUUCAAAAUUCCCAAAGCUUAUAUUCGUUUCCACCUCAUAUCUCCCCUGAUUCAGCAGUCUCCUGAGAACCUGGUCUUAUUUGACAUCUUUGUGAACAUCCUGGCUCAUAACCUGGCUGAACCUGCUUAUGAAGCAGAUGUUGCACAGCUGGAGUACAAAUUAGUGGCUGGCGAGCAUGGCUUUGUAAUAAAAGUGAAGGGCUUCAACCACAAGCUUCCCCUGCUGUUCAACCUCAUCAUUGACUACCUGGCCGACUUCACUGCAGCUCCGGAUGUCUUCUCAAUGAUUGCUGAGCAGCUGAAGAAGACCUACUUUAACAUCCUGAUCAAACCAGACAAGCUGGGCAAGGAUAUCCGGCUGCUGAUUCUGGAGCAGGCCCGCUGGUCCAUGAUCCAGAAGUACCAGGCCAUCAUGAAGGGGCUUACAGUGGAUGACCUCAUGGUCUUUGUUAGCCAGUUCAAGUCAGAGCUAUUCGCAGAGGGGCUGGUCCAGGGGAACUUCACCAGCACAGAAGCAAUGGAGUUCCUUCACUAUGUUAUAAAAAAACUGAAUUUCCAGCGUCUGUCUGUAGAGGUCCCUGUUCACUUCAGGGUGGUGGAGCUACCGCAAAAACACUCACUGUGCAAAGUGAAGUCGCUCAACAAGGGAGAUGCCAACUCUGAAGUCACAGUUUACUAUCAGUCUGGGCCUAAGAACCUCAGGGAGCACACUUUAAUGGAGUUGCUUGUGAUGCACAUGGAGGAGCCCUGCUUUGACUUUUUAAGGACAAAGGAAACCCUUGGGUAUCAUGUCUAUCCCACGUGCAGGAACACUUCAGGAGUCCUGGGCUUCUCAGUCACUGUGGAGACUCAGGCAACAAAGUUCAAGACUGAAUUUGUGGAGAAGAAGAUCGAAGAGUUCCUUGUCAGCUUUGGAGAAAAAUUGUCUAGUUUAACAGACGAUGCUUUCAAAGUUCAGGUGACAGCGCUGAUCAAGCUGAAGGAGUGUGAAGACACUCAUCUGGGUGAAGAGGUGGACAGAAACUGGUUUGAAGUGGUCACCCAGCAGUAUGUCUUCGACCGCCUGAACCGCGAGAUCGAAGCCCUGAAGCUAGUCACAAAGGCAGAGCUCGUGUCCUGGUUUCUGGAGCACCGUGGGUCUGGCAGCAGGAAGCUCAGUGUGCAUGUGGUGGGACACGGAGAGGAGGAGCACGAUCCGGCCAGCGGCGAGGCCCCCGCCGACGGCCGGGGCUCCUCUUACGGAGAAGUGUCCCAGCUGACCUUCGUGCCUGUUUCACAGCUCCUGGGAGACGUCACAGUCAUCACCGACAUCCGGGCCUUCACCUCCUGUCUGCAGCUCUACCCCUUCCACAAGAUCAUCAAGUAGAGCCACCCGCCGCGCUGCGGCAGCUCUGUGCAUUAAAGCAAAAACCGCAUUGUCCCUCUGUCCCAUUGGCAGUGCCACGUGUCACGAUAACACCUGGGGGCAGGGAAUCCCAUGAAGUCGGGGGGCAGGGGGACUUCUGCACAUUCUGGUGAUGGUUCUUCCCAGCGCAUCAGGCUUCAUAAGGGGGCUCAAGUGAUUAUGGUUUGAUUGUAUGCAGUUUUCCCAGAACUAGACCUUUUAAAACAAACAUGCAGAGUUUAUACUAAUUUCUUAUACAUACUGUGAGCUUACACUGUGUUAUACUAAAAGGACAUGGCAGAAGACUGAGAUACAGAAGUAAAACUUGGAUAUAUUGCAAAUAAUGUAUAACCUAAGAAUGGUCUGCAUUUUGAGAAGGAAGGAACAAGACCAAACUGUGAUUGCUGUGUAGAAUUAAUUGUGUGCCUGCACUCUUGUCAGAUAAAUAAUAUUAACGUUGCUCUCAUUUCCUUUGCUAGCUAUGAUGUUUUAAUUAAAACCCCAGUUAAGGGCUGUUAAAAUUGCUAUUUUUAAAAACCUAGAUUUAGCUUUUGGAGCCCUGAUUUAUGAAUGUUUAAAUAUUUUCUACUCAACAUAUUCAAUCUGUUUUUCCUUAAAAUAUUUUAAACAUUAGGCCUACAUAUAAUAGGGAAAGAUGUUGAGUUUAAAUUAAAAAAUUAAAAAAUUAAAAAUUAAUUACAGUAAACAGAUUAACAUAGCAGUUAUGUUGAAGGAGGUGGAAAACAGUCUCAGAUUAUCCCACAAAUGCUAUUUGAGCUCUUCUUAACUAUGGUUGGUUAUUUCUGCAGAUUUCAACUGACAUUACUUUAGGACAUCUGGAAUCCGUAGCCACUUAUAGGAUCUAUAUUUUCCCAGGUUAAUAAGUUCCAGUUCAUUGCAUUUAUUAGUUAAGGUCAUGUAAGCAGAACCUCAAGGCACUGUGGUUGGCGUUUCAAAGUAAUUUGUUAUCUUGCAUAACAAAUGACACAUAAAACACCUGAAUUCUCAGUGGAAAGAAACAAACCUACAUUGUAAAAGAAGUGGACCCAAAUGUAAGAUUUGAAUUCUGUAAGUCUAUAAUACACUGGUAAUAGAAACCGAAUUAUCAUCUUUUCUGUGAUUUAUUUUUUUAAUUAUGUCUGUUAAUGCUCCCGCAACCUUUGUCUUGUGUCUUUGUUAUAAAUUAUUUGCUUUGCCUUUAUGUACACUUUUAUACAGAGAGCACAGUGUGCUGUUUUAAUGUACAGUACAUACAGCCGUGAUAGACCUAGUGUAGCAUAUGAUUGAAAAAUAGUGCAGGUUGGGUUUCUUUGAAUUCAGGGUAUGUGCUUGUUGCAGCACUGUACUAUUUCGGGGUUCUUUUUAGGAAUGUCCAACUUUGGAGAUAAAACACACCUUUCAUAGCUUUUUAUAAAACUUUAUUUUUCUAAAUUCGGCUUGUAAUACAGCUACAACGAAUGGGCACUCACAUACAAAGAAAAAAGUGUCUCGCUAGCGAAAUGUGAUUUUACCACACUUGCAAAUUUCCUAGUCUUCAUACCUACCUUGUACAGUAGCUUUUGUAUUUUAGCUGUAGUUGGAAUCAUAUGUAGUCGUUUUUGUGCCUAAGGAUUCAUAGUAACUUGUUAGUCACCAUUGAGAAGUAACAGAUAGGAUCUCACCAAGUCUCAUUUUAAGCUUUAAAUAGCCAGACAUUCCUACAUUCUCUCCAUCUUUGGAAGUUCCUAUUAUUUCAGCUUGGUUUCAUCGGAUCCAUACAGGAAGGGUGAGGACUGUGCAUGAUUUCUACUACAACACGGAUUGGGGGUUGCUGCAUCCAUUUACUGUACAAUUUGUCACAUUGCCAUGUCUUGCAGGCAAUUAGCACUGGAUUCCAGCAAGUUGCAGUGCUGUGUUUUUACACAUCUUUAUUGGGUUACUUAACCUAGCUAGAAUAAGGAACGGUAUUGUCAUGGGAGGACUAUUCUACUGAAAGAUGCAUAAAGUAAAUCGGUGGUCACUUUUGGAGAAAUCGGAAUAAAGUACAAUAAUAAUAAAAAUCUAUAACAAAG